AUGAGCUCGCAGGAACCUCUUCUGGACGGCCUCACGCCCGAGGACGGCAUUGAAUUCUCCAAGAAGCACCAGUUGCCGCAGCUCCUUGCACACAACCCAUUGUCUAAUCCAAAAGGAAUGCAUUAUAAUUGUGAAAUUUGCUCACGCGAAUCACAUCUUCAGUGUUCAUUGUGCAAGAGGACAUUCUACUGCUGUGCCGAAGAUCAAGAAAUGGACUGGAAAUCUGUACAUUCCAAAAUUUGCCCAUACAUUGCUGCUCUUCGUGCUCCUCCGCCAGUCUUGUCCACACAAGAGCAGAGAUCUCAACGUGCAGAGACAGUUAUUCGCACAAAGAAACACGUUCUUGAGAUUUGCAAGCAAGAAGCUUAUAGACAUCUUAUAGAAAACGAUCCACAGCUAGCUCAUCCCGCCUGCAUUCAAGCCUUACGUUAUGCAUCAGAAGUAUACGGCAAAAACGCCAUCGAACUCGUUCCUCCAUAUCUUUUACUUACAGAAGCAAAUAUUGCAGCCAAGUAUUUCGAUAAAGCAGAAGAAAACCUCUGCCAAGCUAAAUGGAUCUUAAUUCAAUAUCCUAAAGCGGAUCCAUCUCUCAAAUCUCAACUUUCAAGAAACUUCGGUAAAUUAUACACUUCGAAACUGCAAUACGAUAAAGCAUUGAAGCACUUUGCAUCAGAUGUCUACUUUACAGCCCUCCAGAAGGGUCCAGAUCAUAUAGAAACCUCUGUAGGCUUCUAUUUCAUGGGAAACGUAUUUAUCGACAAACAUGACAAUAAGAGCGCGGUAGCCAUUUUCGAUAAAGUAUUAACAAUCUGGACGCCCUUCCUCCAGCAAUGCAUCGCUCCUGUUUUUAAUGGCGGCCAAAUUACUACUCCACCUGAUUUUACGGAGACAAACUCAAAACUCGCUAGCCAGAUUAUGAAAAAGAUACGUAGUGCCCUUAUCGAGAUCCUUGGCCCAACACAAAUAGCUGUGGCUCAGGCAAUUUUCGCUCAUGGAUUACUUAAAUGCGUUCUCGGAGAAUGGAAGGACGCUUUCAGACUUCUCGCUCAGGCUUCUCAAAUGUUCGAAGUUACGGCUGGUUCUGAGCAUACUUUGACUCGUGAAUCGCAUCGCUACCUCCAGUUAGCUCAGAAGAAGAAGAAAGAGGAGACAAUGGCGGAAGAUGAUGACGAUGAAACACAUUUUGAAUAA